CAGCCUAUAAUGGUAAAAGACCACCCACUCCUUUUUUUAACUCUUUCCCCACCAUCUCGUCAAUUAAGAGACAACACUUCCCCGCGAAAGACGAGUUUUUACGGCAAUCCGUGUUCUAGGUGUAUUAUGGUAAGGAAAGCCCUAGCGCAUGUCCUGAAUGAGUUACGGGACUUCGGGUGCGAAAUUCAAAGGCAUAACGGAAACGGAAAAUGUAGAUCAUAUCACAUAUAAAAAUGAAGAGGUAUACAGCUGAACAGGCCCUGGAGGUGUUGAUGAACUCGGACUCCAAUCACUCGUGUUUUGAUCAUUUUGAAUCUGAUUGGGACGAAGUAGUCAGUGAGGGAGAUGCCUUUACAGACACAGAAACGUCUAGUGUCGUGGAUAGACCGAUAACCCGUCGAUCUGGACGAAGACGACGUGCACCGGCCUGUUUACGUGUGGACACUGAUAGUUCAGACGGCGAUACUUCGGACACUUCGUGGAGAGAUUCAAGGCCGUCUCAUUCUCCGUUCCGAUGUGCCAGAGUCAAUAGAGGUAGAACACCGCAACGAGGCAGAGGUCAGACGCGUGAAGCACAUCGACAUGGUCCUGCUGGUGACCAGACAUGGGCCGCUGUGAACCAUCCAGCUGAAGAUCCUGAACCUGUUCAUGAGUGGCAUGAAAUGAACUGGCAGCCAAAAAACCUUCCCUUCACUGAGAAUCCUGGGCCUGUCGGUGAUGCUGCUGCUCUUGAUUCAAUAGAACCUAAAGACUUUAUUGAGCUGUUCAUUUCUGAUGAACUGAUUCAGAACAUUGUUGAUCAGACCAACCUGUAUGCAGAUCAGUGUAUUCAGGCUAUGGACGGUACUUCACAACAUGCUAGAAUUCAUGCAUGGAAGCCUGUCACAGUUUCAGAAAUGAAAGUCUUCCUGGGGCUGUUUUUUCUCACUGGUAUCAUUCAUAAGCCUGAACUUGAUAUGUACUGGUCUACAGAUGAAAUGUUAGCUACCCCCUACUUCAGCAAGGUCAUGUCUCGCAACAGGUUUGAAAUCAUAUGGAGAUUUCUUCACUUCAAUGAUAAUACAGCAAGGCCAGCCAGUGACACUGACAGGCUGUACAAAGUCCGCCCUGUCUUAGAUCACCUCGUGUCCAAAUUCCGUGAAAUGUAUCAGCCUAACACAAACAUUUGCAUUGAUGAGGGUAUGCUUCUGUGGCGUGGGCGCCUAGCUUUCAGGGUGUACAAUCCUCAAAAACCCAUCAAAUCCUACAUCUUGUGCGAUUCUGAAACAGGUUACUGUUUUAACAUGAAGCCCUAUUGUGGAGAAAGUGCUGCCCUGAAAGACACGGUUGUCUCUCUUCUUGAUCGUCUAGCAGGUCAUGGUUACAGAUUAUUUAUGGAUCAUUUUUACAACUCUGUACAACUGUGUAAGCACCUACUUGAUUUGAAAACCCAUGUCUGUGGUACAAUUAGGAAAAACAGAGGUGAACCACCAGUCAUUCGAGAUCUCAGAAAUGCUGACCUUAGGAUUGGGGAAACAGUCAUGUGUCACACUGAAAAUGUGAUGGUCUUGGCAUGGCGAGACAAACAAACAGUGAAAAUGGUCACAACAUGCCAUGAGAACAACAUGGAAGAAGUUGAGGUAUGGCAGAGAGGCCACCAAGAAAAAAUUGCAACGCAAAAACCAGCAUGCAUUGUGGAAUACAAUAAUGCAAUGAAUGGAGUUGACAAAUUGGAUCAAAACAUUAAGUACUACCCUUUUGUCAGGAAGUCACACAAGUGGACAAAGAAAUUUGUCACAUAUCUGUUGCAGAUCAGUCUGUUCAAUGCUUUUGUCAUUUACAAAGCAAAAAACCCACAAGGUAAUUGUAAAACUCUCCUCUCUUUCAUCCAAAGUGUUAUAAAUUCAUGGACCAGCAGAGAACAGGCUGGUGGUGGGGAAGAAAGAGAUGACCCUCCAACUGAAAACACUCCUAGAGCACCAUAUAACACUGACCCUAGAAAUAGGGUAAAUGACCUUUUUGCAGUUCAUGCACUUGUUCCGAUUGCGUCCACUUCCAAAAAGCAACACCCGACGAGAAGAUGCAGGGUUUGUGCACGUAAUGGUUUGCGAAGUGAGACCUCGUUCUACUGCAAAAGUUGUGGCGUCCCCUUACAUUCUGGCAAUUGUUACACCGUUUACCACUCAAAGAUAAAAUACAGUGCCUAAAUUUUAUU